AUGGUCGCCAAUAGCACUGGUCUCGAAGCCGCCACUCAGCCAGCUCCCCAGGCCUCCAAACCUCUCAUUGUCAUCGCUUGCUCCACAGCAUACGGACAUACGAGCCCCCUCCUCCCACAUGCCACCAACCUGACCAAAAAUGGGUUCGACGUCUCUUUCAUUGGCGGCCCUGAAUUUGAGGGCAUGAUCAGGAAGACUGGCGCGACUUUCUACGCGACGGAGAACACAUAUACUCCCGAAAAUUUGAGAAUCGAUCCCUCCAUCCCGGAAGGCCCCCGCGCUUGA